AAUCCUUUGCUUCUUAGUUACGUCAUUAUAAAGCUCAAUUUUUCGACAGAUUCACGAUCGAUGCUCCAUUCAUUGGUAUUUCUUGACAGGAAACCGGUCCUAUUGGUUGGAUUUGGGCCGAGCCGAGUGCGCUUGGAGGCCAGCUGAUCGCUGAUCGUAGGUCGAUUCUGCUGAAGCUGGGUCUCCUCCACUGCAAUCUUCAUACAGCGCUACUCAAGUCGACACCCGUCCUGAAAUCACCCUAUCCUACAGCUGUUUUCUCAUUGUAGAUACCCUUUUGGUUACCAGGACAAGGAAUGUAUUGAGGAUUGAUAAGAAAUUGUGACAUUGUUGUGUUUUGCAACUUCCUGUGGGCUCCUGGUAGUGUAAUUCACUUCCGAUUUGUAUCUCGGGAUCCACUUUAUGACAAAUGAACCAUUGAACUGUUAUUAGUUUCGAUGGAAAUAUUCUGAGCCUAGCCUGACCCUGAAUUUAGCUCUUGCAUUGCUUUGAUAAGUUUAUUAAUAGAGUAAUCCCCUCAUUGCCAUUACUGUGAUUGACAGAUGCGAGAUGCAUACCCUUAGUAUGCUAUAUUAGUUUUGUUUAUUCAAAUAAAGAAAGUUAAGACAUAAUUUUCUAUACAAUUUGGGUUUCACUAUUCCAUCUAUCCUCUGAACUCUUCCUUUAAGAAUAUACACUAUUCUACCCCUUAAGUCAUACCCUAAGUUCCUACUGAAAGACUAUCACCAUUGAAGAUACUUACCACCAUGGAAAGGUGCCGCCAUGCUGCUGUCGGCGCCGCUGGCGGCCGGUGAGUCCCGCCUGCCGCCGCCGUUCCCGCCGCUCUUCCCUCCUCCGCUCGGCUGCUUGAUGAGCGCUGGGCGCGACGCGCUCAAGCCGCCGCCCGCCGCCGCCGCCGAGCCCGCCGCCGCGCUCUACCCGUCCUACCAUCACGCUGGCGUCGCCAACUCCUCCUCACUGCUGCACCUCGGCUACCCGGCCACCUCGCAGGCCGUCUACCCGGGCUACGGCUACCCGGUCUACCCGCCGCUGCCCGCCGCCGCGCCGGCCGACACGCGCGCCCUCUACCCGGUCGACUUUCGACAGGCGGUCGGCAAGGAGCGGGUGGUGGCGCCACCGGCGGCCACCAGAGCGGCGCCACCGUCGUUCCGGCCGGGGCCGGAGGAGGGGCGCGGCUACGGGGCGGCCGGCAAGGACGGCGUGCUGAGGGUGCCGGCCCAGUACCCGGCGCACGUGGGCGGCGUGCUGCCCCCGCCGGCGGCCGGCACGCCGCCGCGCUCUGCCGCGCCCUCUGCCGUCCAGCCCAACCCCGGCUACUCGGCCAACGGACGGCGCCGGCACAGCGCCGCCGAGGACCCGCCGCCACCGCCGCCUCCUCCGCCCCCGCCACCUAGGCUUCCGCCGCCGCCGCCGCCGCCGCCGCCGCCGCCACCGCCGCGUAUGCUGACUACACAGUCGACCAGCGAGCUGCCGCCGCCGGCCAAACGGGCGCGUCUGGAGGCGAGCCGGGAGCGGCCGGCCGCCACCGCCGCCGUCGGCCGCAGCAAGGCCGAGACGCCGUCAGCAGUCAGCAACGACCAUUACGAGCCGCCCGAGCACUUCCGCUGCGGCUCGCUCAUCGAACUGGCAGACGGCCGGCUGAAGCGGGUGGAGGAGCUGCGCACCGAAGACUUUGAGUCGUCGGCGGACCGGUGUGCCGAGCUGCGACUGGACCGCAGCGUCGUGAAGCGAAUCGACCAGCUCGGGGCCACCGCACACAUCGCCUUCGCCGUCGGUCCCAGCGGCACGGAGGUGACGGUGGAGGCUCAGCUGGAGCACCCGUUCUUCGUGUUCCACCGCGGCUGGGCGUCGUGCAGUCCGCGCCGCAGUCUGCAGCAGUACAGCCUGGCCUGCCAUCAGCUGGCUGUCGGAGACGCCUGUGUGUCCCUGUCGCCGCGCAGCCCGCCGUCGGCGCCGGCGCAGCGCGGCCGAGGCGACACCUAGCGGCCGUCCGCGGCGACACCUAGCGGCCGUCCGCCCCGGUUCGGCGCCGCGCGCCAGCUGCCCGCCGCCGGCCGAGAGGUGGACCGGCGAGAGGUCCCCGCUCUCGGCAGAGUGGUGUGUCUGUGAGCGCCGCGCCGCUCCCGGCAGAGUGGUCAGCCGGUGAGCUCCCCGCAGCCCCCGGCAGAGUGGUGGGCCGGCGAGCGCCGUUCCUGGCCGCGGCAGCCGUCGGCGGCCGCCCGGCCCGUUCGUCCUGUGAUAUUUUGUAUCUGCUGCGUGCGCUCACUACCGUUGCCGUGCCGUGUUUGCCCCUGUCGGCGCAGCACGCCUGGCGAGUGAUGAGGCAGAGGGACUACCUACCGCCCCUGUGAGAGCCGGACGUGCGUCGACGCACCCAGACUUUCGAAUUCUCAGGGAUAAACGCGGUGUCGGUGACGGCGUCCGCGCACUAUAAUAUCACGCUGUGGUUGGGGACUUAUUUUAAUAGCUGUGACUAAUAAAGCGUAUUAUUUUUCCGACUCUGUUCGAACUCUGAAGUGAGAAUAAACUUGUUCAAUAUGA